UUCUUAUCUUUACUACUAACAUCGCGUCCUAGGCGAAACCCAAACAUUCCCAAAAAAAAGAAUUAAUCAUGACAUCUAUAGCCUCUGAAACCUCCAGGCCAGAAGUCUUUCCUCCUCAAAAUUCUGAUACCCAUAUUUUCAGAUCAAAAUUGCCUGACAUUCCUAUCUCUACUCACCUCUCUCUCUACGCAUAUUGCUUUGAGAAACUCUUCAGUUUCUUUGAUAGACCAUGUCUUAUUUCAGGCUCCACUGGUAAAAAGUAUUCGUUUGCCGAAAGCCACCGCAUAUCUCAGAAGACUGCUGCUGGAUUAUCAAACCUGGGAAUCAAGAAGGGGGACGUCAUCAUGAUUCUCCUCCACAAUUGCCCUGAAUUCGUCUUCUCUUUCCUGGGUGCUUCCAUGAUUGGUGCAGUCACUACAACUGCCAACCCUUCUUAUACUCCAAAUGAAAUAUUCAAACAAUUUACCGCUUCUCAUGCCAAGCUGAUCAUUACUCAAUCUCAAUACGUUGACAAGCUAAGGGAUUCCCAUGAAAACCACCCAAAACUCAGCAAGGAUUUUACUGUAAUCACUAUAGAUGAUCCACCGGAAAAUUGUCUUCCUCUCACAGUGCUUACCGAGGCCAACGAAAGCGAAGUCCCUGAUGUUACUAUCAAUCCUGACGAUCCUGUUGCAUUGCCCUUCUCUUCAGGGACUACAGGGCUCCCUAAAGGAGUGAUAUUAACUCAUAAGAACUUGAUAACGAAUGUGGCCCAACAAGUAGAUGGAGAGAACCCAAAUUUAUACUUGAAAGAAGAAGAUGUUGUGUUGUGUAUUCUGCCUCUGUUUCACAUGUUCGCACUGGACACUGUGUUGCUUUGCUCGCUGAGAUCAGGAGCUGCUGUCUUGCUGAUGCAGCAAUUUGAGAUGGGAGCAUUGUUAGAGCUAAUUCAGAAGCACAAAGUGUCGGUGGCAGCGCUGGUGCCACCGCUGGUGGUGGCAUUGGCAAAGAAUCCGAUGGUGGCAGCGUUCGACCUGAGCACAAUCAGAGUGGUGAUAUCAGGAGCGGCGCCGCUGGGGAAGGAAGUGGAGGAUGCCUUCCGGAGUAGGGUGCCACAGGCGACAUUGGGACAGGGAUAUGGGAUGACAGAGGCAGCGGCAGCAAUAACGUUGUGCUUAGGCUUUGCAAAGCAGCCGUUCCCAACCAAGUUAGGUUCAUGUGGUACUGUACUCAGAAAUGCAGAGCUCAAGGUGAUUGACCCUGAAACCGGUUGCUCCCUUGGCUACAACCAGCCUGGUGAAAUUUGCAUCCGUGGACAACAAAUUAUGAAAGCAUAUUUGGAUGACCUGGAGACCACAUUAAACACUAUAGAUGUUGAAGGUUGGCUUCACACUGGAGACAUUGGUUAUGUGGAUGAUGAUGAGGAGGUUUUCAUUGUUGAUAGAAUAAAGGAAAUUAUAAAAUUCAAGGGUUUCCAGGUGUCACCAACAGAGCUUGAGGCUCUCCUUUUAAACCACCCAUCGAUUGCAGAUGCCGCGGUCGUACCGCAAAAAGAUGAAGUAGCUGGAGAAGUUCCUGUUGCAUUUGUGGUUCCAUCAGAUGGGUCAGAGCUUACUGAAGAGACCGUAAAAGAAUACAUAGAAAAACAGGUGGUUUUCUACAAGAAAUUGAGCAAAGUAUACUUUGUUCAUGCAAUUCCCAAGUCUCCCUCUGGAAAGAUAUUAAGAAAAGACCUAAAAGCUAGGCUAGCCGCAGCCUCCUUAUUGCCUUAAAAUCUUUGUGCUAGUUCUUCUGUAGGCAUGGUACUUUGUGGUCUCCUGGCACGAAAACUGCCAUAAGAGAUCCUGUCACUAUUACAUUAUAAGCUUUAAAGGUUGGUAUCUUAAUGGCAGUUGUGAAAUUACUGUUUAAUACUACUAAGUUAAUAAUUUAAUAGCAACU